AUGUGUGACGUGUUCAGUUCCCGACGCACCAACUUCGACUACUUUGACAACGGCAUCGUCUACACAGCUACAGUUGAGGCGUAUUUUCUGUAUGACGGGGUGGAUAUGGCCGUUGGCUCCUAUGAGACAUCUCAAACGAACGUUCCCUUGAGAGUGGAACUGACCAUACCAGCGCUGAAUAAAGACAUCGUCUUUAAUAUCUUUGACUUCGACACCGAUCGACCAGAAUUCGAAGUCUUUGAUGUGACCAGCUGUUUCGAUUCUUCUGCCAAGCUUGACUUUAGAGUCCGUUUUCCAGGUACCUACAACAGCGACACGGAGCAUAUCGUGAAACUGAAAGGGCAGAACUUGCUGGCGCAGACAUUGCAAGUCAGCCCUCUGCGCGUGACACACGUGCAAAUUGAGUAUGACGGUUCUUAUCUCUACCUCCUGGCCAGUCUUCUUGACCGCACCCCAUCGUUAGGUAAGUAUAACAUCCUGUACCAGAAGUGUGGGUGCGUACAACUGAGGUCCUUAUAUAAUAAUUUGUUGAUGAAAUGUGCCUGUGUGGCUGUUCGUUCAAACCUCACUCGACCUGCCCCAUGUUGCGCCCCAGUACAGUUCACGCGCCUGAUGAACAAGGUCAUCGAACAGAAUGACGACAGUCAAUUCGCCAACAUCUCCAGCGCCGCCGCCUGCAGCGACCUUUGUGUCCAAAACCCUGAAUUCCAGUGUAAGAGCUUCGAGUACUGCCCCAACGACCGGCAGGGUUGUAGACUCAGCCGGAGCCAUAUCAGUGAUGGAGGAGUAUCUGUCGUUCCAAGCCAGUGUGACCUGUACUCACGGACUGUUAAUCCUCUAAAUACCAUAGAACCAUCAAUUGAAGAUGCCUACUCAAAUAUGCUAAAUAAGCUGUGGACGCCAGAUUUUGCUCUCAUCAUUCCUCAGGAUGAUCAGAGUGAAAUUACUUAUGUUGCUAUAGCUUCAGAAAUAUUAUUUGGCAUUGCAUUCGACAUUGACGCUCGCCAAGGCAACUGCACUAUACAUCCUAUACAAAAUUUUGGUGACUUUGAUGCUCAGGUUCUUAACGUCUCAAUGUCAGGGGUAGGAAUAGACAUGGUUAGCAUGAAAUCUCCUUCACAAUUGUUUCAUCUGGACAAUACCUAUAAAUAUACAGGUCAGAAAACUGUGAGAGGCAUCUUGUGUGAUGUAUUUGAAUCAGCUAGGACUGAUUUCCAAGUUGGAGGAAACGAUGGCAACACACAAUACUCAAUCUUCCAGUAUUUCUUCCAAGCUAGUGACUGGUCAUACAUUGCCGACAACCAUAAUGAUGUCACAAUGCAGGCACCUGUGAUGCUUACCCUGUCAGAUACUGAGGCAAACACCUACCUGAUCUACAACUUCUUCGACUUCAAUGAUCAGCAUUUGACUUACCAAAACUUUGAUGUCAGCCCCUGCUUCUCGGAUAAACAGCGGAUUGAUUUUGUCAUUGAUUUUAAUCAGACUUAUUACCCAUACCUGGCUACAGGUGAGUGGAGUUUCAAAGAACAGGCUCAGUUGCAACUAUCCUCCCUACUCCGAAUAACACCACUACGCCUGCAGGAUCUACAGGUUACAUACAAUUCAGGCCAGACAUUUCUUAUUGGCACAUUGCUGGACUAUGUACCACCUCAGUUUUAUUUUAUAGAGGAUGGGUCUACUGCACCAUACCAUGCUACUCAGCUGGUGCCAAACUCGAAUGUCAUCAGCUGUGCAAAUGCAUGCUAUGAUCUUGAUGAUUUGUGCAACAGCUUUGACUAUUGCAGUGAUGGAAACUGCUUACUUAGCACUCUUCGUGUCCCUGAUGGCAAUGCCACUGGACAGGCAGAAAAUUGUCGCCACUUUUCUCGAUUAACAAAUGCUACAUACUUGGAACCUCCUUUAGACAAAGCCUAUGACAUCAUGAAAGAUGUGAUCUACAAAGGUUUGCUUGUCAUUCAAAUACCUAUUACUGGCAAUGAAUCACAGAUUGCAAUCUACCCAGCAACGGGCAUAAGAAAUGAUAUUUUACGUUCAAAACCCCCUAGUAAUACUGAAGAGGGAGACUUUAACAAAUUCACCGUUACCACACACGACAUGAUGCUGUUCAAUUCAAGACUCGUGUUGUCUGGGAUAGCUGUGGAUGACUGUGCCUCAGCCUGUCUCAAUGAGCAGUUCUUUGAUUGUGAAGCCUUUGACUACUGCUACACUGUUGGAGACUGCUACCUUUAUGACAUUUGGUCUGACGACCCUAGGAAUUUGGACAUUUACAGCUCCUGUGACAUCUUCAGACGACUGUACACAGAUGAAUUCACAGAAUACCCAGGCCAGAUCCUGGAAAGUGCAGCAGAUGCCAUCCUAAAAGCAUCUUCGGUAGAAAUGUGUGCCAAAGAGUGUUUCAUGGGCAUAGGCUAUCACAACACCUGUCGAUCUUUUGACUUUUGCCCUAGCACAAAUGACUGCCUAAUCCGACAUGUGCAUAUGAUGGAUGUAGAACUAUCUUCAGUGGGGAAAAGUUCUACAUGUACCCACUAUUCCAGAAACUACCUCUAUGACUUUGAUAAGAUGACCAACAAGGAGUUGCCAGGCCAUGACGAUAUGAUUUUCAAAGAUGUGUCACCCCCUAAGUGUGCUGGCUUGUGUCUUGAUGACCUUAACUGCCAGAGUUUCGAGUUCUGUGCUGGAGAAUGCCAUCUGUCUUCUACAAGUGCAAAACUAAACCCAAAUGUCACAGUCAGUGGAACAUGUGAUCUUUACUUAAUGCAAGACUCUGCAAAGGUAGUGGACCGAGCACAGUCUGGUGCAGUCUCUGUCCCAGCAGCUCGGUCUAGUCCUUCAACAUCCAAGGUCCUCUUGAAUCAAAGCACCUCACAGCCAGCAGACAGAGCAACCACUAUUACUUCACAAGUUCCUCUUGCCGGUGCAACCUCUGUCCCAGCAACUAAGUCUAUUCCUCUAACAUCCAAGACCCUCUCAAGUCACAGUACCUCAAUGGCAAGCACACCUGUCACCAAUAAUCAGAACUACAAGCUCACCAGUGUACAAACUUCACCACCUACCAACACAAAUAAUGGCAAAGGUUGCAAACAACAAAAAGCGGGUGGAAGUUCAAAUGAUACAGGGCCACGAACUGCUAUUGCAUUUGGAGUCUUGAUUCUAGGAAUAGUGGUUGGUUCAGUCAGCAUGCAUUUAUUUUUCCGUUUUCGUGUUGGCCGUCCAGGAGGUGACACAAUGGAACUAUUUUCGGAUUCUCGCUGAUAUCUAGCAAUGAAUGUUGAGCCCAUAUUUACCAACUAUAAUAUGAAAAUAUAGGAAACUGGUCUUUAUCUUGGUUCGAUUUGCAUUUUUCUGAAGAUUAAUACAUAAAUGUUUUUGGUAUGUUCUUGCAUCUCAUGUACUGUCCAAAGUUCUCCAGAUGAUGGAAAUAUAACACCUUAGAAACUCAUCUGUGCUGUAAAAUCCCUUUCAUUCAAAUAAAUAAAAUUAUUGGCAUAGUUUCCAGAUUUCUCAAUGGACAUGUUAUCCUAGUGUAAAAUAUGAACUGCCAGCUUACCACCCACUUAAGUGAACAUUAAUGGUUGUGUAAAGAACAUAAAUUUUGUGUUGGAUAAAGUAAUAUAUCUUUCUUGUGUAAAACUUUGUGUGUAAAUGUUGCAUAUUUGUGCAUGUUCAUGUUAUUUCUGCUCCUCCCCAAAUCCCACUGCUAGAUCCCCUUCUAUCAAAGAGCACUAUAAACUUUGUGAUAAUAAA